UAUCUCAAAUUCUUCAUAAUUAUUUAAUCCACAAUAAUAAUACUAUUAUUAUUUUAAAAAGGGAAAAGGGAGGGGCAGGGAAUAAGGGAUAUCAUAGUAAAUUCAAGGCAGGGCUAGUUUAGUCAUUUGAUAACUGUAUCAUCACAACUUAAUUUAGGACUCUUCCACUGCAACUCUUCUUCCCCUCUUCACUUCUCAUCGAUUCUCUUUCUCUCUCUAAAACUCAAAUAUUAUACCAAUCGUGAAAAUGGCCGCAGCGAUAAAAAAGGUGAACAUGAUCACCCAAAUCGUGCGGCUAAGACAGGUUGUGCAGCGCUGGAAAACCAAGAGCCUCUCGCGCCACUCCCUCUCGUCGUCCUCCUCCGAUUCGGACGAAUCCGGCGGCAGCCCCAAGUGCCGGACCCCUUCCGGCUCGCUGGCCGUCUACGUCGGACCGGAGCGCAGCCGUUUCGUCAUCCCGACGCGGUUCCUCAAUUUCCCGGUUUUCGUCACCCUCCUAGACCAGGCGGAGGAGGAGUUCGGCUUCCAAACCACCGGCGGCCUGGUUCUCCCCUGCGAACCCGGUUUCUUCUCCGAAAUCCUCAGCUUCCUCGACGACGACGAGGAGCGGUUCCGCGGCCUGAGCCUCGACGAGUUCAUCAACAUUGUCACUGACGUGAGCUCGGACCACUUGUCCUGUAAAGAAUCGUCUUCCUCCUUCGCCUUCGCUCCGCUGUUACACAAAACUAGGGUUUGAAGCUCUCAAAUUGAUCUCCAUUUUUUUCUGAUUGGACUAGUUCUUCAUCCCCUACUUUUAGGGAUUUGGACGAAACGGUGUUGUUUAGAUUUUUUUUUAUAUAGUCUUAUUAAUAUAUACAUCCUUGAGGCCAGAGUUUUAGUUGUGGAUUGCUGGCAACUCAAUGAGAUGUCUGAUUUUUCUACUCUUUUUUUUUUUCCUCUCAUAAUUUGAGUUUCUAAUGCAGAUUGUUUUCUGUAAGAUUGUGAUUGACAUGAUGAUGGAAAAUGUAGUUUGUGGUAAUAGAAAAAUCUGAUCUUGUGAUUGAUGUAUGAAAUUAGAAAAUAUAAAUCUUUAGCAUGUUGAUCGAUUCUGAGCAAA